UUGUUCCUGCCGUGCGGGCACCUGGUGUCGUGCGCGGGCUGCGGCGCGGCGCUGGCCGCGUGCCCGCUGUGCCGCGCCGCCGUGCGCGCGCUCGUGCGCGCCUAUCUCGCCCGUCCGCCGCGAGCGCACCGCCUCGAGCCGCACCGCUCCCACUGCUGCAUCUACAGUGUUGUUCCUGCCGUGCGGGCACCUGGUGUCGUGCGCGAGCUGCGGCGCGGCGCUGGCCGCGUGCCCGCUGUGCCGCGCCGCCGUGCGUACGCUCGUGCGCGCCUACAUCGCCUGACCGCCGCCCCGCACCGCCCCAGAGCCGCACCGCACCGCCCCAGAGCCGCACCGCACCGCCCAGAGCCGCACCGCACCGCCCCGAGGCCGAGCCGCACCGCACCGCCCCAGAGCCGCACCGCACUGCCCCGGAGCCGCACUGCACCACCCCAGAGCCGCACCGCACCGCCCCAGAGCCGCACCGCACCGCCCCAGAACCGCACCGCACCGCCCCAGAGCCGCACCGCACCGCCCCAGAGCCGCACCGCACCGCCCCACACCCACUACUGCAUCUACAGUGUUGCCAACUCAGAUUUUCAAAUAGGCGUAAGUCACAUUAGAAAAAUACGUACAAUUAGUACAAUAUUGAAUUUGGAAAUUUCGUAG